AUGCGCCUUUUCGGCCUCGCGCUCGUCGCGGCCCUAGCAGCCCGCGCCUCUGCCGACGCAAUGGCGUCCUACACUGAGUGCACCCUCAGCCACUGCAGCAGCCACCAGGCCGUGUGGUACACGGACUACGACAGCCAGGACAUUUCCGCCGACGAGGGCUGCCGGACGGGCGCCAGUGGCAUGAGGGAGUUUUGCGUCGACUGGGGCAACGGCCGCGGCCACUUUUUCUACGGCAACGGGCCCAAGCGGUGCUUU